AUGGAAAAGGCAAAAGAUAAACGCGUUAAAUAUAACAAACUGACGAAAAUUAACGCUAAAAAAUCGAAAAAUCCAAUGGCGAAAUUAAAUUACAGGGAGCUGCAAGCUGAGGCGACCAAAAGAAAUUUACCGGCUAAUUUAAAGCACAAGGAAUUACUAUCGCUUGUGAUCGCUCAGAUAAAUGGGAGGGAUGAUAUAGUAAAAUUAAUUCUUGAUGACAGGAAAAUGAUUAAUUUAAAUAAAGAAUAUGCGCCAAAAAGUAUGAAAAAAAACAAUUUGGAACAAUUAAAUUCGCCAAGCUGCACGUCAAAUUUUAACGAUUCUGUUGAAGUUGUCGAAUUUAUUCCUGAGGAUAGGAAUGAUGAAUACAAAAAAAUCCUUAAUUCUAAUAAAGAAAAUAUUGACCCCAAUGCACGGGAAAACAUACAUAGUAUUAAAAAAGCUAAUUUAAAACCCUUCAAUUUGAGUUUGCACUCGCCAAGCUGCUGUUCAAGCUCUUGUCACGAUUCUUUUUCGAGUACGUCAACUUUUAACGAUUUUAUUCCCGACGAAAAUAUUAAUGACGUUGGGGAUGAUGACGUCAACAAAGUUAUAAGGGCCAACUUGGAUAAUAAUAUGAGCACCCCUUCCCCUGAUGCCCUUUUGAAGAUUUUCAAUUUGUUUAAGACAUUUGGUGAUAGUUUGUAG